AUGGAAAAAAAUAGAGGCUUAUCAUUCAGUCAACAAGAAGAUGAGUUCUUAUGUCGAGUGUAUUUAGAAAUUUCACAAGAUCCAAUAGUUAGCAAUAACCAAGCUUUGCGGAAAUUAUGGGGAAAAUAG